GCACAGAUGCUCUGGGACUCUCCAUCUGUGAAUGUUAGGUAGCCAGAGCAGCCUUUGAUGGUUUUAAAAAGUUUGUUGGCUAGACGUGCUUCUCUGAGAAUGCUCCCUUGGAUCAAUAUGAAGAACGCACAGUCUCCUGGUGUGUGUUGUCACCUCUGAUAGAGACAAAAGGAGCAAUACAUAGAGAGAUAUCUUUAAAAUGGAGACAUUCGCACCAGCUGGCAACUGAACCAAACAGGCUUUCUGUGAUGACAUCGCUCAUAUUGGUGCACUUCCUUCUCCUGGGGUUAAGGGUCAUCGACACCACUGCAGACACAUGGAGACGCUGCACAGAUUUGCUCCCUCUGGAUCUUCUGUCUUUUGUCCUGGAGAGGGACACCUCCAAACUCGUCCCGGGGGUGCACAUGAAGCAGACUGGAGGCGUGAGGGGUGUGCAGUUAUCAAGCCCUCAUACCUCCAUGAGCUUUCUCUCCUCCCAGUUGCUGGCGAACUGUGAACUUUUGUCCACAGAAUUCUCCAUCGUUGUGACGCUCAAAGUCGGUCGCAUUGCAUCCCAGAGAAAUGAAUACAUCUUUUCCUUGAUGGAGCCAAAAAAUGCAGAUAAAACAGGAGCGGGGCAGAAGGAGGAAGAGGAGAUCAUUAAAGGGGACAUUUUGGAAAAGAAUAAAGAAGAAGAGCAACAUGAAGAGAGGGGGAAGGAGAGGCGAGUCCAGAGUACUGACGAACGUGGACGGGUCAUCCUGGGAAUGAGGCUCUCGAGAAAACUUCUGCAUUUCUUUUUGAAAAGUCACGGAGGGGUCGUAGAGCAUUGGGGGUUUCGAGGCGCUCGGCUGGCUGACAACCAGUGGCACACUCUGGUUUUAGUUGUUGCCAGUCAUCGUGUGAAGCUCACAGUGGACUGCAGCUCACCCCAGGAAAUAAUUCCCUCCAGGCCUUUACCCUCAGACCUCAACAUUGAGGGAUCGAGAUUCCACAUUGGCAGUCGGGGGAGAUGGAAAGGCUUGUAUUCAGGUCUGUUGCGACAGCUGGUUUUGGUGCCAGGUUCAGAUGCUACCCAUCAUGUCUGCCCCUCCUCAGACCCCCAGCUAGCAGCUCUGUCAGUACCACCACUUCUCUCAGACUUAUCUGUCACAGGAAGGGAGGACGGCGACCAUGUGACUUCCUAUGAAACAGAGCGGGUGUCAGUGGGGCUGGAGCAGUCAUGCUCAGAGUUGCAGCAGGGCCAGAUGUGGUUCAAUCCGCACAGGAAAGGCCUCUACCUCUGCGACGGUACAGUGUGGAUCACUGUGUUAGAGGAUCAUAAACGACUGGACUAUGUGGUGGAGCAUCAAGUCCUCACCACCAGCUCAGAGACACAUGAUGUAGAGGUGUUCCAGGUACCUGGCAUGGGUUUGAUGGCUGCUAUGGCUCAUCGGUCAGCCUCUGGCUCCGCUGUAUAUCUGUGGGGUCGCACAGGUUUCCAGCUCUACCAGAAUAUCAGCACAUAUGAAGCUUUGGCUUGGAGACACUUCAGCAUGGGCAAGAAGACAUUUCUGGUGGUGUCUAACUCUGGAGGGGGGACAGACAAGCGUAAACACUCAGAGACUGACAUAUCUGUGAUUUAUAAGUGGAGCAAAAGAAGGAAACGGUUUGUGCAGUUCCAGACUCUGCAGACCCUCUGUGCCCGGGACUGGGAGGCCUUUAACAUCAAUCGGCAAACCUAUCUUGCUGUGGCCAAUCACAGACAAGGUGAUAAUAACCACACUAUCAACAGUGUGAUAUACAAAUGGAACAAGUUAACAAAGUCUUUUGAGGUUCACCAGAUGCUGCUGACCUCAGGGGCCUAUGACUGGGAGUUCUUCACAGUUGGACCGUACCAUUUCCUGGUGGUCGCAAAUGCCUUUGAUGGGGUGACCACCUCUGUAGACUCAGUCAUCUACGUUUGGGUCAGUGGAAGCUUCCAGGUGUUUCAGACAAUUAAGACAUUCUGCGCCACAGACUGGGAAAUGUUUCAGAUUGGCAGCAGAGUCUUCCUCGUCGUUGCCAAUGGACACAGACUCCAUGGUAACGGACCGAGUCGAUACGCCAUCAACUCCACUAUCUACGAGCUGGACAUGAUUGGACGCCUGUUCGUCCGCUUCCAGGAUAUUGUCACCUACAGUGCGGUGGACUGGGAGUUCUUCACCCUCGGGGAGGAAUAUUUUCUGGUUGUUGCUAACUCCUUUAACGGAGAGUCCUACUCUCUCAACAGCAUUCUCUACAGGUGGCAGGGAUAUGAAGGAUUUGUUCCUGUUCAUUGGCUCCCAACCAUUGGGUGCAGUGACUGGGAGUUUUUCAGCUCUAAAGGAGAAUCGUAUCUGAUCUAUUCUAGUGCCAAAGCACCUCUCUCCAAAGUGUUCAAGCUGAAAACCUACUAGGGCCAAAAAAAUAGAGUGUGCAUGUAGCUUUGUGUACUGUAUUCAUGUGUGUGUACAUGUUGUCAUUUUAUGUAAGUGUCUGUGUGCUCCUGUGUGAGAAAAUCUUUGCAAUACUAUUUGAAAUGUGUGAUUGAGUUUAAAGGUAUACUAUGCAGGAUUGUUGGCUGUGCAACAUGUUCGCCAGCAGAAGUGAAAGGAAAAGCCAGCCCCAGGUUCACUCUCGUUUGGUGUUUCGAUUCAAACAGUAAAGUUGCAGCCGGAAAACUUAACUCAUUUAUUUAUUUAAUUUAAUAUCUUAAGUUUGUUGAACUUGUUUUCUCAAGGUUAGUAAACUUAACUCAACUCAAAGUACAUUCUCAAAACUCAUGAGCCGAUCUAUAGGUGUACUAUGCUUGCCAGCGGAAGUAAAAGUAAUAGCCACACUGAGAUUUGCUCUUGUUUAGCUUUGUCUCACUAUAUUUGUGUGGCUUUUUCUGCCAGUCUGACACCUGGCAGCUACCUUUUUAUGAAGCCCCGCCCUCACCUGAGUACCAAAGGGGUACACACUGCAGAAAAAUACACUGCCACACACUUCUAGUGGGUCAUAAGUGAUGAUUGAAAGCAUAGGUAGAUUUCCGUGGGGACACAGGGUACAUGUCCCUCUCAAUAUUUGGAACUUGUGCAUUUAUCCCCCCCACAACAGACUUUUAUUCUGAUGAAAUUAAAGGCAUUUCCACCAUAAUUUGAUGUACAAUAUGCACAAAUUCAUGCAUAAAAGUUCACCAGAAUGCAGGAAAUUUAGGGUUUGAUGCUCAAAAUUCCUUGGGGGUGGACCCCAAACCCCAUUUCAUAUGUGAGUCUAUACACUGUUUCUUUGGAAAAUCCUGCAUAGUAUAUCUUAAAGUAAAUGUGCCUUUACAAUACUGUGCCUCAAUUUACAUACAGUCAGGACUGUAGGAACCAUUAAGGUCAUGACCUUAAUAUUGUUUCUAAAAAAUUGGCAGUUUAAUAGCUUGCAGAGGAUUUUACAUUCAACAGAAAUUGCACAUGGUGACUUUUGAAGAAUGAUUUUGGUAUUUCUUGGAGUAAUUAUCUUUCAAUAUGACAGCUUUCUGCAAGAAUUAUUAGAUUAAAUUGAUAUAUGAUAAAACGAUGUAGCAUUUCUUCACAAUAAUAACAUCCAAGAUUAUCCUAAGGUUUUGAAACUGGUGCAGAUGACGAAAUAAAUGACUGAAGAAAAUGAGAAAAAAAGUAAAGUAAAAAGAAAAUUCCAGAGACUUUUUUUCCACAAAUGCCCUUAAGUCCUAAAGGUUGUGGCUAGAAUAAUUUGGUAUUAUAUUAUAAUAUAAGCAUGAUCGUAGCAGAAGACCUUUAUUUGAACAAAAUUAAAGACAUUUACAAAAUAAGUUGAUGCAGAAAAUGCACAAUUUGAUGCAUCAGCAUUCACCAGAAUGCCUGAAAUUAAGUGUGUGGUGCUUAAAAUUUCCCCAUUUUAAAUGUGUCUCCGCUGAUGUUGAAACAAACCUACACUCUGGACCUGUACCUCAUUUCAACACAACUAUCACAAGCACAAUAUUUUAAUGGUAAUAUAUAGAUACUUGUUUGCAUUGUUUGACAGAAAUUAUUACAACUCUAGACAGUCUCCGUAAGAUGUUCAUGAUAUUUAACAUUUUGUUCAGUAACUGGAAUGUGUGUUCUCAUAAACAAUGGACUGAUUGUUACUCGUUGCCUCUGACUGCAUGGAUUAUACAUAACAAGUGACAGUAAAUUAUUGAAAUUACAA